AUGAAGAACAUCUGUUCUAUUGCCUGGCUGGUUCCUCUUUUGGAACUGGCCAUCGCAGCCCGAGCACCAAUAAAGAAAAUCCUGACCGGUCAUAUUGACCCUUCGCAGGUCUUCUCCUUUGUCUAUGUGCCAUUUGAAGUGGAAGUCGGAACAACAUCCAUCUAUGUUGUGCAGAACUACUCGAACAAGGGACAGGGAAAUGCCCUUGAUCUUGGGAUCUUCGAUCAGCGAGGAUACCAGAUGAUGGACGCACAGAGUGGCACUACAGGCUCUCGAGGCUGUAGAAACAAUUUCACCAUCACGCCCGCGUGGGCCACUCCCGGCUACAAUCCCGGCGCCAUCGAAACAGGCACCUGGAACGUUGUGCUCGGCCCAUACGCGUCCGUCCCUGACGGUAUCGACUGGCAGCUGGAUAUCGAAAUGUCCUUCGACCCCGUCGACUCGUGGUUCUCCCCAUACUACGCCACCACCGACCUUGACCCCCUCUGCAACGGCUGCCAGGAGGAUUCGGCGUUUACCUGGCUCCGCGGCGACUUCCACAUGCACACCGUCUACUCGGACGGCAAGUACACGCCCGACCAGCAGAUUCACAACGCCCUGGCCCAGAAUCUCUCCUUCAUCUUCUUCAGCGACCACAACACCGACACCAGCAACCAGAUCAUCGGCGCCUACCAGGCCUCUCUCGCCCCGGAUCUGCUCAUCGGCCGCGCCAUCGAGGUUACCACCCGCUACGGCCACUGGCAGGCCGUCGGCCUCGACCGCGGCCAGAUCAUCGAGUGGCGGUACAAGCCCGAUGAUAACCCUGGCUUCGCGGCCGCCGCGCACCAGGUCCACCGGGUCGGUGGCUUCGUCUCAGCGAACCAUCCUUUUGCCUCUUGCCCCGCGUGUAACUGGAGUCUCGGGUGGGAUGAGACCGACGCCGUGGAGGUGUGGAACGCGCAGUGGGACGAGCAGGAUCAACAGGCCGUCCAGAAGUGGCAGGAGCUGCUUGUAGAUGGGAAAUUCCUGACCGCCAUCGGAGGCAGCGAUUCGCACUCUCCGCCAUCGCUGAACGGGUGGCCGACGACCAUCGUCAAAGCGAGGGGACGCAGCCAGGCGGCGAUUGUGGAGGGUGUCAAGGCGGGCCGGGCCUAUCUGGUUCAAGGACCGGGUAUGGACCUCGCGUUUGAGGUGCGAGUUCACUCGCUGGAUGCUCCUGCGCAGAUUGGUGAUAAGGUCCGGAGGACUGCGGCGGGGGCCAAGGCUGUAUUGGUCACUGAGGGGCUGUCGAGGCUCAAGGCUUGCUUUGUCUCGGAGGAGGGGUACUUCUACAAUACUACCAUUAAAGAUGGAGUACAGAUUAAAAAGGGUGUGCUGUCUGGGGCCAAGUUUGUCCGGGUGGAGGUCCGUAAUGGCACGACAGACGAGGUGCUGGCCUUGACUAAUCCGGUUUGGUUCUUGGGUCCGUGA